GGCUUUGCGGGUCAGAGUGCGCCGGGUAUAUAACCGGGCGGAUGCCGUCGUUCUUUAGUCUUGCGCUUAUCGUCGUCGCGACGACCCGCUCGAAUUCGACAAAGAAGGGUUGUGUUGAUCGCGCUCGCGGCGAUCGCUCCUGUUCGAUGGCGCGGAGUGCGUUUCCCGUUACGCGCGUAUUCCGUUCGUGAUGUGCAGUUCUCGGGCCCCGAUAUCGAUCGAGAUCGAUCACCCGCGAGGAAUCGAGAUAAACGAUCCAAGGGACCAAGAACGAGGAAAUUUUCUAGGUCGUUUGUACUUGGUCUCCCGUAUGCUUUUAACGUAUGACCGCGCGUUUCCUUUCGUCUACCCUUCGUCAAGCGCGUCAACCUGUUGUAACUGUGCGUCGUCGUAAACGCGUCGUGACGGUUUCCCCGGACGAGAACGUGUGAAUAGUCUGUGCGGGACACGAGGGAAAAGUGGGUUGAAGAGGGGGAAGGGGAGAGGUGGAUUCGUAUCGCUCGUCAACUGGCACUCGCGCAUUAGGGAGGUGGAGAGGCGUGAAUCUCGAGUGGUAUCGCGGAAGGAUCCGUUCCAAUCGAGGGGUGUAUCGUGCGAGGGGACAGUGCGAGGAAUCGAAGUGUAAAAGGGGGUGGGAUUCGAGGAUCACGUAGGACCACGUAGGAUGUGAAGGAUGUGAAAGGAAUCGAGGAAUCGAGAGGAGUGAAGGGUGAAAAAAAGAAGAAGGAAGAAAAAGGAGGUGAAAACGAAGAGUGGAAGGAAAAGGGCGUCACUGCCUCCGGCCAGAUACUACCGCUUGUAUAGAUCUAUAUGCAUAGGAAAGUCGUGGCAAUAGAAGUGUCCCCGGCCACACGAUGCCGUGUAUCUGGGUCAUACACCCGUUUUCUCGCGCGUGUGUGCACGUCUCCGCCUUUUACCGAUGUCGCCGCUGGUUCUCCUUUGAUCUUACGACGACACAUUCGGAAAGAGAAUAGGAACCGUCGAUUGGCCAUGAGAACGGCGCGGUGCUUUUAGAACGACCGAGGAGAAAUUAAGGAAAAAUCGUACCGUUCGUUCGACACGAGAUGUGGAUCUUGUUGGUGUUGUAUUUGCGAUUCGAUCGGUGCCGAAUCGUUGAGUGGAGUGCGUGUAAUCACGUGUAACGAAAGUACCAGUAAGUGAUUUCCAUUUUUUCGUACAAGGAUCGGACAAAGUGAUACAAAGUGCACGCGAAACGUCGUGAAAAGAAUCCCGGAUGUCAGUGUAUCCCUAAUUAUAAACGCAAAAAACGCUCAGUGAGAACAUUUCCUUUCCUUCGAACCGAGUCUUUUUUUUCUUUUUUUCCGGACCCGAUUCGAUCGUUCGCCGUUUUUGUUUCGCGGGAAUGGUGGUGUAUCGCGGCAGUUUCGUGGGUUUCGCUCGAUCGUUCGACGUGGUCCAACUCGAUAUCCGCGACGGUAACGAGCUGUUAGAACGCAUGGUGAGCGAGGGAGGAGGGGUUGAAAGGUGGAAGAACGCGGCCGACCGCUCUCCCGCGGGGACAAUCUCAACCGAACGAGCGCCAUGCGAGAACUAUUAUCCGUGGAAGAGCAAUCAAGUUGCGCGAAACCCGUCCCUCUUUAGAGCGGACACAUUGGACGUGGCCGGCCCGUAAAUAAUGAACCUCCGCAGUCAUUUAUCAAGCUCGCCACGAAAUGCUCAAAGUAGCGUGGAAGUUCGUGAAAGAGUGAGAACCGAGUAACCGACCUUCGAGCUUCUUCUUCUCCCUUUCGUCUCGUUCGAUCGAGGAUGAACGUCGUUUAAAGGGAACGUUCACAGGUUCCAGCAAACCGUUCCGCCAAAUUUUCUCGUUACGAGCACUGUAAACAGCGGUUCUGGCGGCGAUUUAUUUGCUUUCGAGUUUCACUCCCGCUCGAUUCUACACGGGAGGAGGAAAAGGAAGAAAAAAAGGAGAAAAAGGUCGGUCGAUGUGGUGGUCGUUGUCGUCGUCAUCGCGUUGUUUGAGAUGCGAUCAUCGAUCGAAUCGCGCCACGGUGUACAGUGGCCACGCUCGACGAGGAUUUAUCGGCGCGGCAGAUAGCGACGCGUGAGAGGAGAGCGGCUCGAUGAGAAGUGCGGUCUUCGUUCCCGACGAUCGCGGAGGAACGUUUGACCCGCCGUUUUCGCGCGCCGGUUUUCCAGCCCGUGUGCCCCACUGCGAAUCAUGAGACGACGUAAUAAUGGUUGCUGCUGCCAGAGCAGCAGAAGGAUCGGUCGGGGCGGAUGCAACGACACGGAGGGGGGCGAACCGCCCGUAUGGUGCAUUUACGCGACGGUCGCUUUGGUCGCUGUCGCCUGUUACUUGAACGCGUUGGGUGGUGAUUUCGUGCACGACGAUAUACCCGCGGUGGUGAGGAACAAGGACGUGCUCGCUCAAACCCCUUUGACCACCCUCCUGAAGAACGAUUUUUGGGGCACGCCUAUGCGCGACGUUAACAGCCAUAAGAGCUACAGACCGUUGACGACGUUAACGUUUCGGUUAAAUUACUUGAUGUCGGGAUUAACGACAAGCUGGUAUCACGCAACGAAUAUUGCCCUACACGCCAUUGCAUGCGUUUUGGUCACAAAGGUGAGCCUAGCGGUAGCAUCAUUGCGUCCAGGAUUUGCUGCCUUGACAGGCUUGCUGUUUGCUGCUCAUCCUGUACAUACUGAAGCGGUAACUGGGAUCGUAGGACGAGCAGACGUACUCGCGUGCAUCUUCUUCUUAUUGUCCUUUCUAGCUUAUCAUGGGCAGCCGACGGCUUAUGUAUGGAGCAGCGUGUGCCUAGGGGCGCUGUCAAUGCUUGCCAAGGAAACAGGCAUUACUGUUUUGCUUCUAAACCUUCUUUACGACCUCUGUCGCUCCUGGCAUUCAAUCAAGAGAUCUAUUUUCGAAGCAAGAUGGAACGACGACUCGAGACACUUUUCUCGUCGGGCUGCCGCCCUACUUUUUUCGUUUGGUGUAUUGUUGGUGGUACGUCUUGCCCUCCUUCACGGCACUCUACCAAAGUUCUCGCCGCAGGAUAAUCCGGCAGCUUUUCAUCCCUGUUUCCACGUCAGAUUCUUGACGUUUUGCUAUCUGGCAGCCCUGCAUUGUUGGUUAUUACUUUGUCCAGCGACGCUGUCUCAUGAUUGGCAGAUGGGAUCCGUUCCUUUGGUUGCCUCGUUGGCCGACACUAGAAAUCUGGCCACCUGUCUAUUCUUCGGCGGUUGCCUGAUCCUAACCUACAAAGCCUUCACGGAUUUCGAGCAACAGAGGCAUCCGCCUCUUCUUCUUGGUUGGAUGUUCCUGGUACUACCGUUCCUGCCCGCAUCCAAUCUUUUUAUUACCGUUGGAUUCGUCGUCGCGGAACGUGUACUCUAUAUGCCCAGUGUCGGAUGGAUCCUCCUGGUCGUAUAUGGGAUGCAAAUCAGCUGGACGGCUAUUCCACGUAGAAGAAGUCUGAUCACAAUGGGAAUCGUUCUUCUUCUACUCCUAGGAUGUUAUAAAACGGUGUUGAGAAACAGAGAUUGGAUGUCUAGAGAAAGUCUGAUCAGGGCGGGUCUGCGGUCUCUUCCCCACAACGCUAAGAUGCAUUACAACUUUGCCAACUUCCUACGAGACACAUCGCAACCGAACCGUGCGAUUCUACAUUACCAGUUGGCCCUUUGGCUGUGGCCGACGUAUGCCAGUGCGCAUAACAACCUCGGAACACUCACGGUGGGCGAUCAAGCGGAGCAACACUUUUUGGCAGCAAUACACGCUCAACCGGGCCACGUGAACGCUCAUUACAAUCUUGGCCAGCUUUACAGGAAAACGAACAGGACAGAGGAGUGUAUACGGAUGUUGCAAAAAUGCGUAUCCUUGGAUCCAGCAUACACACCAGCCUAUCUUGUCCUGGCGAGGUUGGCAACCGGUCCAACAGCGGGCGCACUUUUGCGACACGUUGUUCGACUACAACCACGAAGUCCCGACCAUCUCACGGAAUAUGCUUCGUGGCUGUACCAGAAUGGCAAAUGGCUGCCCUCCCUCAAGUACUAUCUCAAAGCCAUGGAGAUCUCGCCCUCGCACAGAUCGUCGCUUCUGGGAACGGUCAGGAUACUGAGGUCGCGGGGUCAGUGGCCAAGGGUGCAUCAACUCAUCACCAGAUGGCACCUGAUGUUACGAGCGAAAAGAGGCGGCCUCGUAUAUCGCGGUGAUCUUUACAUACGCGCGUGGCAGUUGCAAAGUGAAUCUCGUCGUCGUGCGCAUCAGCAUCAAGGAAAUAUCUGCUUGUCGGAGGGCGGCUGUUCGACACCGCGUGUCGCCAGUGUGUCAGUGCAGCUCGAGCAGGACAGCAACAAGUCAGAGCAGCUUGAGCGGGCGCCACGUUGCAACGUACGUACCUGUAGACAGUCGAGAAAGGGGAAGGCACGUGUGACCGCCCCCGCCCUCCUCGUCCAGAACCUCCUGGAGACCCUCUAGCUCGCGAGACUCUUCGGCUAACCCCUCGCCCCUGUGAUUUCUGUGUCUCAUCCUCCCUCGGUCUCACUUUGAACGAAGGGUCCGACGAGUUUUCUCCAACAACUCCAACACUUGUUGUCGGCGUGCUUGGUUACUUUCUAACGAGCAAAAAGGGGAUAAGGCAAUAAAUAUAUCGCUCGUUUCUUCCUCGGGAUCGAUCAAGAAGAAACUUGUGUCUUAAUUUUCCGAUGUGUAUAAUAAUUUUUGAAGUUUUGAAUUUUUGAAAAAUCAGGAAGAAUACCAAUCAUUACGAACCACUUCGAUUACGAAAUUUCGGGAAAUCAAGGAAGAAUUAAAUAUACGUGUAAGAGGAUUAAAGAUCCUCGAACGAAACGAGAUUUGUUUCGAGAUGCAUGCGCGUCGCGACUAGUCAUGAAAUCGAGAUUACUCGAAAUUACUUUCCGCUCUGUAUAAAGUGUAUGCUUCUUCUUAUCUCGCAGUCUGAUCUCAUCACUAGACGCGAGACACGUCUCGAGACAAAUCUCGCGAUUUAAAGGUGUACUUUAAAUUAUUCCGUGAAAUGGUGGAUCGAUCGAGAGGUUGCGUGUUCAUCGGAGGAUGAAGAAGCAAGCGAUACGAGCGAGGGAAAAAGGAAAGAAAAGUUGUUGUACGUGAUGUGGGGAGUAACGUGUGGUUCGAGAUAAUCGUUACGCGCACUUAACAUGUGAUGGAUCGGCCGUAAUAUAGUUACUAUACACAUAGAGUAGCGUCGAGAUGUUUCUAAUAAAUAUUCGCUGUAUUUCGAGUGUGCUUUCGACGUUCUCAGAGAAACAGUGCUCUCGUCGCGAUGCUACUCGUCGUUGCCUUCCUUUCGUGUAAUUUUUCCUCGAUUUUUCCAUAUUCCGAGAAAGAAAAGAGAUUCGAAGAUACGAUUUAUACCAUUGAUCAAGAGUUUGCUCGAAGAUCUUAAAUAAAAAUGCAGGAUAUAUAAAUAAUAUUGGUUCUGAUGAAAGUUUUUAAAGUAAGUUUAAAUAUAAUUCAUCUAUAGAUUAAAACUAUCUAUGGAUAUUUAUUAAUAUAGUAAAGGAAAAGUAACAGAGAAAAUUAUUAAUUUUAUUGUGCACAAGAAUUAUUAUAUCAAGAAAUUGAACACGAAUACGUGUACACAUCCGGAAGCAAUAAAUAUAUAGAAUCUCUCUGGUUUAUCACCCUAUUAUUGAAAAAAGAAAUUGUGUAUUUUUAUAAAAUACGAUAAAGUCAUUAAAAAGAUAUUUCUACGAUACGAAAUUUAUUAGGAUUUUUAUUGGAAUACAAAUUAAUGCAACAACACAAACCUUCGAUCGAUAGAAUUGGAGAAGCGAAUUGAACCGUGAAUCGAUUCGAAAAGGUUUAUCGGAAAACUUUUAACGAUCUUUUUCUUUCUUUUCUUCCCUUUUUUUUUCGAUAUUUAAAACAUCGUGGUGGAAAAAAUUGAAGAGUCCACACGAUCGAUCGAAAAUUACACGAGAGGAUAAAAAAAAAUCCGAUCUGCGCUCUCCUUACCGCCCUAUCGUUUCGAAGACUAUUUCUUAUUUCUUUGUUUCAUUCCUACGAGACGGAAAUAUGCCUUCGUUACGAACAACCGUGACCAGAAAAAACCUUUGGUAAACGUGUAAAUAUUCACUUUGACUCCGCGUUACAUUGGUCCGCGUUUCGAGACGAUGUAGACGACGAACGUCGAAGAAUCGAAAGAGAGAGAGAGAGUCGAAUAGUUCUCGAAUUUAUUUUUCACAGCAUCAUUGAUAAUGGACGAUAUGAUAUACGCGUACGUACAGAGACACAAUCGAUUCGCCUAUAGCCGUAAUCGUUUCCCUUCUGAUCGUUCUUACAUUACGUGUUUUGACUUUCAACCGUGCCAGGACACGCCACGUAUGUAAUUAACACGGUGCCAAUAUUUAGCGUUUAAUUAAAACGUGAAUCGGCGUUUUAUAGCCGUUUGAUAUGGCUUUUUUUGUAAGAAAAUCGAUUAACGAAGCGUGAGUUGAUUGAAGGAGAAGGAAGGAUAAUAAUUAUGUACGACAUUUCUUCGAUGAGCUUUGUUCGGCAAUGUUUCGAUUUCGUUUGAGUAGAGCACGAUUUGCUGCAAGUCGAGAUCUUAUCGUAUAUGUAUACACAUGUUUUUGUGGUAUUUUAUUAAACAAUUUGUAUAUUUUUUUUCCUCGUCAUGAAAAACUUACUUGUUCCUGUUUGAUAUUUUAUAUUUUACACGAUAUUGAAGAAUUCGUGUUACGAAAUCAUUGAAAAAUAAAAACAUUCAAAAAAAUUCACUAUUUAUGCAGUUUUAUGUAUUCAUUUGUUAAAAAACAAUUUUAUUUUGAAUCAAAGAGUAAUUUUAUAGAAACCAUUACUAGUUAAAUUGGAAUAAAGAAUCAAAUUGAAGGUGAAGACGUUUUUUGGAAAAAAAAUCUUCGAUAAUUUUAUAUAUCCAUUAAUUUUUCGAUAUUCAGCAUUCGAUUAUCCGAAGCAAUUUAAUAAAUUCACUUCUUAAUCGAAUAGCAAACAUGAUAUCAGAGAUUAUUGGAGGAUGAAAACAACCCAAUCUGUCUUAAUCUAGGUCGCCGAACAUGGCCAAUCAGCCGAAGUUUCAUUUAAAACGAACCGAUGAAAACCGUGACCGUUGAAUCGAAACGAAAGGGAGAUUCGCUCGACAUCCUAUAUUAAAGAGAGCGAAUCGAUCGUGGCGACGUCUUUCUGUCGGUAAAAUCGGUGGAGACAUGUGUUUUUGUUACACUCUCGAAAAAAAAAAUGGAUCAGAACAAAAAACGGAUUUCAAUUAAAAGGAAGUUUGAUCAUGGCGAGUUCCUUUGUGUAUCUUUCGAUAGAAUGUCCAAGUUUCUCGUUUAGAACGAGGUCGAAAGUGAGAGAUAGAAAACUUUCCUUUUACUCCCCUUUUUCGUUGAUCUCCACCCCCGCGAAUCGUCGCUUUGAAAAACGAACGCCUUCAUCGAAACGUUGCCAAAACUUAAUAGAAGACCAAUGUAUAUACGCUAACAAAGAAACAAAAGAAAAGAAAAAUUCGUACAGACAUCGAAACAUUUGGCGAUGCUUAUUAUUGAAUAAUUAUUACGAUAUUGUAACAAUUCGAGUGAAUUUUCUCGCGUGGCCAUCGAAUCGAUUGCUCUCGAGAGUUUAAAAUCGAAAGAAAAAAAGGAGCGAGUGAAAGAACGUUUGUAUGUGCGUGUGUGCGAGAAAAAGAGAGAGAACGUGCAAUGGAAGCUUCAUAUAAGAUUCGUGGAUGUCAAGAUGCACAAACGUGACAUGAAUUUGUAUAUAACAUGUUUUCGUUGGCUCGUGUAUGCGUUCUAUUUUCUCCCCGUGACCUUGCAUCCCACCCCAUCCCGCGCCCCAUCCCCUUUUUCUCGUCGAGAAAAUUUCAAAUCGAAGCACGUUGGUGAUGAAAUAGAAGAGGAGACUGUCACUGGCCAAGCAGCAAUUUACCUCACGAAAUCGCUGCCCGCGAUCGAUCUCAGUUGCUCAGUUAUGAGAGCAACGGGGUUGAUAGGGGGUGGCUGGUAAUCGAUGAAGGUCGAUUCAAGAUGAAAUAUUUUUUUAAACGUGCCGUAACACGAGCGUAGACGUUGCUUCGAUUCGAUCGUGUUGCUGCGUGGACGAUAUAUUUUUCGGGAAAUCACGUUUACGUUGGAUUUAGAUUCGUUGGAAGAUUCGAUUCGAUCGGAUUCAUUUUUUUCGUCGUAGAAGAAAGAAAAAGAAUUAUAUUUUUGAUAGAACUUUCAAUAUAUUAUAUAACCUUGUUUCUAAAGCAAUGUUUGUCAAGUAUGAUAUAUUUUUCAUUCAUUUUUGUAUCGUCCAAUCGACGCUGUAUUAUUCAACAAUUAAUACGUUAUACUUUUAACUUUUGCCGAAGAAUAAUAUCGUGAUUGGUCCAGGCACGCAACACCUAGAGUACACUCGCGAGUGAAACGCGAAUAUUGCGCCCUCGAAUUCUCUCGAAGCGAGAUUAACGUUUAAAAAUAGUGCGCGCGCGCGCGUGUAAAUUGAAACGUUUCAACGCUCGAAGAAGCUGAUAUCUUUCAUUUUAAGACGGUAUUGCAGUGAAAUCGAUGUAAUUUAAGGAUCCAGUUAAUUCCUCGAGACGACGAUGUAAACGUUAUUUUAUUAUCGUAACGAAUAGAUAACGGAGAAGUAUUUAUAUAGCUAUGCUUUAUUACCGGAGACCGGUAAAUCGAAAUUGUUACAAUAAUUGCUCAGCGAAUAAGCGAACAUACGAGAUUGUUCAUCGCUUACUGUGUACAGUACAACACUAAUAAAAAAGAAACAAAUUACGGCUUCAUUUUCAAUCUUAUACGAAUCCUUAUAUACAAAGACACGAAUUUUUUUAAAACGUUUCCAAAACUCCCCAAGAGUUUGUUAUAUAUUGGAGAUAGGAGACGAAAGCCUAGAAUGAAAGGAAACGGAUAAUAGUAUAAACAUUGAAAAAAAUAAAAUUAAUAUUGUAAAAAAGUAUAAACGAUAAAGGUAAAAAGGGGAAACGGAAGUCUGUGAAACGGCUCAACGCUUCUAAAACGCGAAACCGAUACAUUUCGAGGUUCGUUGAUGGAUUGCCAAUCACUUCAGUUCCUACCACAGUUUUUUGAGGAAUACAGAGUUCGAAACGAUUCGCAAGAAACUAUUUGUCGCGUUACUUUCGCAUUUUCAUUUCCCAAACAAGUUUCUGAUUGACGAGUUUUCUGUCUAUCGCUGUUCCACAAGAAUCGAUCGUCGUUGGAACUCUACGAUAUAAACGAACGAACGAGACGGGAUUCCGGAUCGAUCUCGACGAUGAUAAUCUAAUUAUAAAAUAAUAGGGAAAAAUAAAGAAUUUUAUUAAUUUAUAACGAAUCGUGAAAUGAAAUCAAUCCAAGAUUUUAUUCGAUCCAAGAUUUUGAUCCAAGAUUUUCAAAACAAAACGAUAACUUGUCGAUACAACGGAUCGAUUUGGAAUCUAAUUUGUACGUGGGCCGUAUAUAAUUAGCCGCAAAACUUGAUUAGUCUAGGUUAUUACUUCAUAGACCAGUUUGUACAUCUAAUUACAAUACGUUAUUGCGCAUAUUCAUUGUGAAUACGAAUGCAAUUAUAAAUUAUCAUAAUAAAGUGUAUGUUUAUAUACA